ACGAUUGAUCUGGAUUUAGCUGGACUGCUCGAGAACAACGCUCUUAUCCAAACUGCCCAAACAAUUGAUCCACGUGUCACAAUUUGAAUGGCAGAGUUGCCGUGCCGUAAAGAAAUCUCGUACCAUUUUGUUUUGCUAUAAAAACCGAAACCGUGAAAUUCAUUCUUCACGUUCAAAUCGCUUUCCCUUUAGUAACCAAAAAAAAAACCGCUUUCCCUUUUGUUGAAGAGAAGAAUUCAUAACACAAAACCGCUUCAAGAUGCAAAUCUUCGUUAAGACCCUCACUGGCAAGACCAUCACUCUGGAAGUUGAGAGUUCAGAUACCAUAGACAAUGUUAAGGCCAAGAUUCAAGAUAAGGAAGGGAUCCCACCGGACCAGCAGCGUCUGAUUUUUGCUGGAAAGCAGCUGGAGGACGGGCGUACCCUUGCCGAUUACAACAUCCAAAAGGAGUCUACCCUCCAUUUGGUGCUCCGUCUCCGUGGUGGUAUGCAAAUAUUUGUUAAGACCCUCACCGGAAAGACAAUCACCCUUGAGGUGGAGAGCUCUGAUACCAUUGACAAUGUCAAGGCCAAGAUUCAAGACAAAGAGGGAAUCCCACCAGACCAGCAAAGGUUGAUUUUUGCUGGAAAGCAGCUCGAAGAUGGCCGGACCUUAGCUGAUUACAACAUCCAGAAAGAAUCCACUCUUCACCUUGUCUUGCGACUUCGUGGUGGUAUGCAGAUCUUUGUUAAGACCCUCACUGGAAAGACCAUCACCCUUGAGGUGGAGAGUUCUGACACCAUAGACAAUGUCAAGGCCAAGAUACAAGAUAAAGAAGGUAUUCCCCCAGAUCAGCAGAGGUUGAUUUUUGCCGGAAAGCAGCUCGAAGAUGGCAGAACCCUGGCUGAUUAUAACAUCCAGAAAGAGUCAACUCUUCACCUUGUCUUGCGUCUUCGUGGUGGUAUGCAGAUUUUUGUGAAAACUCUUACUGGUAAGACAAUAACUUUGGAGGUUGAGAGCUCAGACACAAUUGACAAUGUGAAGGCUAAGAUACAGGACAAGGAGGGCAUUCCCCCGGAUCAGCAAAGGUUGAUUUUUGCCGGGAAGCAGCUCGAAGAUGGCCGAACCUUGGCCGAUUACAACAUCCAGAAGGAAUCCACCCUUCAUCUUGUCCUUCGUCUGAGGGGAGGUAUGCAGAUCUUUGUGAAGACUUUGACUGGAAAGACCAUUACAUUGGAGGUAGAAAGUUCAGAUACGAUCGAUAAUGUCAAGGCAAAAAUACAAGACAAGGAGGGAAUCCCACCAGAUCAGCAGAGGUUGAUCUUUGCUGGCAAGCAAUUGGAGGAUGGAAGGACCCUUGCUGACUACAACAUUCAGAAGGAGUCUACUCUUCACCUUGUGUUGCGCCUUCGUGGUGGAUUUUAAGUAUUUGAAUGUUGCAGAGCUGUCUUAUAAUGUGUGGAAGUCCUUGCAGGUCUUACGUUUCUAUUGUUUCAGAACUUGUUAUUGCACUGGUCUUUAGUCCAUAUUGGCCCUUAAAACUUUAGUUUGCUGUGGUAUUUGUAUAAUUCUGUUCUCAGUUUACUUCAUGAACAUGGUUUAUCUGUUAUUGUUCUAGUAAUCUUGCACUCCUUACUUUAUAUUUUUAUCCGAAGUUCAAAUGAUAUGCACUUUUGAUUUAA